GUGGCGCACACAGCGACAGGCAGCAGCCCUCCCGCGGCUCCAAUUCUCACAUAUAUCGCCUCGACCGGCCGCUUCGGGCCAGUUAUCAUUUCUUUCCAACUUCAGCUACAGUGCUAGCUAAGUUUGGAGGGGAGGAAAGAGGAGAAGCGCCGUGCCUGGUUCUGUUUGUGGAUGCAGCUGCAGCUCGCUCCUGUCACUUUACAAUAGAGGAGCUAGCAUCGAGCUAAAGUCAAUAUAUCCCUUCUGCGUUUUGCCUUUUGGACUGCUUUAAAAUGGAUAAUUCUGGACCUAAGAAGACAUGCCGUGAAUCCAUCGAGGACUUCUUCACUUCGGCUAAAUUUCUUAUUUACAUGGGCCAUGCUCUGUCAACAUGGGGUGAUCGAAUGUGGGGCUUUGCCGUGGCUGUUUUCCUGGUGGAGCUGUACGGGAACAGCCUGCUGCUGUCGGCUGUGUACGGGCUGGUGGUGGCCGGCUCCGUGCUCCUGCUGGGGGCCAUCAUCGGGGACUGGGUGGACAGGAACCCCAGGCUCAAAGUGGCCCAGACUUCGCUGCUUGUCCAGAACAGUUGUGUCAUCGUGUGCGGGGUCCUCCUGAUGGUCGUUUUCCAGUUCAAAGAACAGCUUGUGCAGCUUUACAAUGGCUGGCUUCUGACAACCUGCUACAUCCUGGUCAUCACCAUUGCCAACAUCGCCAACCUGGCCAGCACAGCCAUGUCCAUCACCAUCCAGAGGGACUGGGUGGUGGUGGUGGCCGGCCAGGACAGUAGCAAGUUGGCAGACAUGAACGCCACAGUGCGGAUUAUCGACCAGCUGACCAACAUCCUGGCUCCCAUGCUGGUCGGCCAGAUUAUGGCCUUUGGCUCGCACUUCAUCGGCUGCGGCUUCAUCGCCGGCUGGAACCUGUGCUCCAUGUGUCUGGAGUACGCGCUGCUGUGGAAGGUCUACCAGAAGACGCCGGCACUGGCCUCCAAAGCCGGGCAGAAGGAGCAGCAGCAGGAGCUCAAGCAGCUCAGCCCCGUUGGAGAGUUGGAGAACGGCCAGAGUCCCGAGGAGUCGUCUCAGCCGCUAAUGAACGAAUCCUCUGUGGUGACCAAACCCGACACCCCCAAAAAGAGUAGCUGCUGCUACCAAGUGAGCGAGCCGCUGCGCACCCUGAAGGCCGGCUGGGUGGCCUACUACAACCAGAACAUCUUCUUCGCCGGAAUGUCGCUGGCCUUCCUCUACAUGACGGUGCUGGGCUUCGACUGCAUCACUACGGGCUACGCCUACACGCAGGGCCUCAACGGCUCGGUGCUCAGCCUGCUGAUGGGCGCCUCUGCCGUGUCGGGCAUCUGCGGCACGGUGGCCUUCACCUGGAUCCGCAAGAAGUGCGGCCUGAUCCGCACGGGCUUCAUCUCCGGCGUGGCCCAGCUGUCCUGCCUCAUGAUGUGCGUGGUGUCCGUCUUCGUCCCCGGGAGCCCCUUCGACCUCAGCGUCUCGCCCUUCCAGGACCUCUACACCCACCUGAACCCGGAGAAGACCCUGCCCGAGGCCAGCGGCAGCCUCACCGGCAUCCUGAGUGGGAAUAUCACCACGGACCCCCCCGCCCCGGAGCUGCCCCCUCUGCAGUCCUACAUGUCUGUUAGCCUGCUGUUUGCUGGCGUCAUUGCUGCUAGAGUUGGCCUCUGGUCUUUCGACCUGACGGUGACCCAGCUCAUCCAGGAGAAUGUGAUCGAGUCGGAGCGUGGCGUGAUCAGCGGCGUCCAGAACUCCAUGAAUUACCUCUUAGACCUUCUGCACUUCAUCAUGGUGAUUCUGGCCCCCAACCCGGAGGCCUUCGGCCUGCUGGUCAUCAUCUCCGUCUCCUUUGUGGCCAUGGGCCACCUCAUGUACUUUCGGUUUGCCUUCAAGAACCUGGGCAGCCGCCUCUUCCUCUGCUGCUCGCCAGAGCAGAAGGUGGAGACGGAGGACAGCCCCUCACUUCCCACCACCGUCUAACCCCGUCAAAGAGACUCUGUCCUGGGUACAUACUCAAUCUGCAUCCUAUUUAUCCGACUAACACGGUGGCUUGUAGCUGGCAGAGUGCUAAUGCUAACCAGAGUAAUAACAUGCUGCGCGCAGCCAUUAACCAAGCAUUAAUCAUUAGCAGAAGGAGAUGAGCAAACAGCUGACAGUCGUAGAAAGCUAACACGUAGUCCGCCUGUAGAGAAGGGUUCCGCACUGUCUUCAGGAGUUGACACAGCACUGUAAAACUCUGUCCUCCUGACCGCCUGAGUCUGGCUGCAACUGUUUUCAAAAGGUGCUUCAGCUUACAAAAAGGGCAGCGCUGGGAGCGAGGCUGCAGGGAAGAGAAGGCACCGAGGCGGGAGCCGGCGCUCCGAGAUGAGCGACGGGACGGGCCUGAAGCUCACGUCUCACUCGGGUGCAGUGGUGCUUCAGCUGCUCCCAGCUCUCCAGUCGCCUCCUGACAUUUCGCAUUUUACAUCCACCUGCGUGUCGAGCAGGCCGUGCACGUCUUCCCCCGCCCAGAGGGCGAGGACGCUUCUCAAUCAACCAAACACCUAACUGGGAUCUAGUCUCUUCAACACUUUCUUAUAAGGGUUACGCAUUCAGUUGUAUUUAUUCAGCAGAUGCAGACGGUGGUUUUGCGAUCGUCGUAUCGUCAGUAUUGUGUUGUGUGCUUGCGGUUCUGCCAUGUGAAGCAAAUAAGAAUUCCUAUGCAUCCUUAUCAAACGCUCGCAGUUACCAAAGUCCAUAAACGGCAUGAAAGGAAGUGAGGGAAAAAAACGUUCUGUCUGUUCGAAGCAUUCCAAAUAUCUAUUUUUACAUCAGUAGUACAACAUUAGCAUUUCUGAAUAUUUCUGCACCGCAGACUGUAUAGAAAGAUGGACGACGAGUCUCCUUCUACUCGGAUAUUAGCUGAUAUAUUUAGUCUUUGAUAGAAAACUAAUAUAAAAAAUGUGCUUGAUACUUCUUUAAAAUUGGCCAGAAUUACAAACUGUUCUUUUUCCUGUUUUAAAGCUAACAACUCAAACACGUUGACAUUUAGCAUAUACAAAUGUUAGCGCUUUGUCCUCGGAUUAUUUGAUAUAUUAAUCCAAAAGAAGGCCUGUUAAACUGAACAAGGACUCAGGAAGUCUGUGUUUCUUCUUCUGUAUGUUUUUUUUUUCCAUUUAUUUGGUGCUUUCGAUUCUAUGGGUAUCGUAGAUUAUUUCACAACUGCUUUCCGAGCGAAAGUAUUCAAAUCAGAAAUACAACAAUUUGAACCAGCACACCUGCAAAAAAAAAAAAAAACUACCUCAAAUCACAGAAACCGUCCAUCAAAAGAUGUUUUAUUGUUUUUGUUUGGCUCCUCCCCUUUGCGUUCGCUAACAUGGAGCUAUUCUGCAAGCAUCCAGCAGGGGGUGUUUGAUAGAUUUUGACUCUUGCUUUCGGGGAGCUGCCGAGUCGUCCAUCUUCUUCAUACAGUCGUCGCUCUGAAGCCACUCAGAGAUUGUACUUAAAUUUUGUUCUCUGUUUGAAUAAUGUCGUUUUGAUUUGUUUGUUUUUUUUUCUUUUUCGAUCUUGAUUGUCGCUACUCAGGCACUUUAAGUGAUUGACGUCUUGUCAUUACAGCUAACGUGUGAUCGGGCGUUAGUUCAACUUUUUCUUUUCUUAUUUUUUUUUUUUCUUUGCACAAGGCCGAGGUCCUGACUCCCCUGAGACACACACAAACACACACGCACACACACCCCUCCCCCUCCCUCCAUGAGUUUCAGCCUCUCUGUCUGAUUCUAAUGGGGGGUGGGGUCCUUCAGUUUUUUUUUUUUUUUAAAUACUAUUAUUUCUAAAGAAAGGCACAUAUUUUAACACUCAACAGCACAAGCACCCAAAGAAAAACUACCAGCUCCUGUGUAAUUUUAAACACUUCACCUGUGAUUUCUCCCAUUUUUCUCUUUCAUACCCUGGUGGUAGCCUGAGAUCGCAGUCAGGAAAUUUGACCUGAUGUGUUUUGUAACACUUUACUCAACUUAAACGUCUCUGCAGAUAAAAGCGAAAUGUUGAAAUAGCCUACUCUAAAAGUUUUCCCGUUGGACGUGUCAACUCUCUAGUUUGUUGAUUUCUUGCCAUUUCUAGUGACUAAAAUAGUGAAAUCAAAAAGACAAAACGUGAGAAUUUUUUCUUUCAAUAUUUUAAUCUGAUUUAUGUUUGUGGACCAGAACAUAACUGAAAAGAUUUAAAAAAAAAAAAAAAAAAAAAAAGUAUUGAAAAUGAAAAAACUGUUUGAGAUUGCCAAAGUUCAACCAUGGCAAUUUAAAGAAAAAAAAAAAAGCUGUAUAAUUAUAUCUGAAAAUUUGAAUAAUUUGCGAUUAUAAGUGGUAACAUGGAGCAUGUUUUCAACACAUUUG